UAAAACUAAAGCCAUUCAUCCAAUAAAGCAACAUAUUUUAGACAUGCAUAAUACUGUUUUUUAGUAAACAAGUUGUAACAUGGAAGAAAUUAACGAGUGGCAACAAAUAGAACAACACACACCUCUCGAAUCCUCUGGAGUUUACGAUGGUGGUGACCGAUCAUCUUCUUCUUCUUCCACUCCUACCCAUCACGAAGAAGAUGGAAGUUCCCUUAGUGAUAGGGAGGCUUCCACGCCGGUAGAUUGGGCCAAUGAAGGGAAGAAGCUGCUGAAGCUGCGGUUCGAGGCUAUGAGAGUGAAGAUUGUGAGGGUUGCUUCCAAGGUUCGUAAUUGUGCAACGUGUGCGGGGGCGUUUUGGUCAGUUACGUGUGUGGCCGGAGCUGCCGCAGCGGCGGCGGUGUUGGUAUGGUUGGUUUAUUUCGGGAUUCAAAGGCGUCGCCGGAAGGUGGAUGGUUUGAAUGAUCUUCUUAGACAGAAAGAUGAGAAAAUUAGUCAACUCUUACUUCAUAUUGCUCACCUGGAUGAAUCCCUAUCAUCACGUCGUAGGGUUCAUGUGUAUCGAAUUGCUGGCUAAUGAAAUUGGAGAGUUAAUCUAUGUCAUGAGAUUUGCGAUGGAUUCAUCUUAAAUUUUUGUGAAUAUAUAUAUAUAUAUAUAUAUAUAUAUAUAUAUAUAUAUAUAUAUAUAUA